GGGAGUCUGCUUCGUCAAGGCAUAGGAGGUUGGUGGAUAGAACAAAAACUGAAUUUCUUUCAUUUAUACCCACUGGGUGUUAUACGGAGUUAGUGUAAUUUGUGUGUUGGGAAUUUGUAUGCAGUAUUCCAACCUGAGAGAAGUCUUAAGCAUAGGCUGCAAGCUGAUUGUGUGUGUUCUUUGUUUGCAAGAUGAAUACACGGCUGAUCAGAAUCACUUCCAUGCUGCUGUUUCAGAGCCUCUUCUUCAGCAUAGAAAGCCAAAGGAUUCCAAGUGUGAAGGAAAAGGAAGAGACAGCAAAGUCUAAUUUACUGGAAAAUCCAUGCAAAGGAGCUCCUCUGGACUUUAUCUUCAUCAUCGAUAGCUCUCGUAGCGUUCGCCCUGAUGACUAUGAGAGAGUUAAAACAUUUAUUAUCAACAUCUUGAAAUUUCUGGAUGUUGGCCCCGAUGCCACCAGGGUAGGUCUUGUCCAGUAUGGCAGCAUUGUUCAAAAUGAAUUCUCUUUGAAGAACUACACAAGGAAAGUAGACAUGGAGAAAGCUGUCCAGGGCAUGGUCCACUUAGCUUCUGGUACAAUGACAGGUCUGGCCAUUGAGUACACCAUGAAUGUGGCUUUUUCUGAAGAAGAGGGCGCACGCCCUCUUGCUAUGCACAUCCCACGCAUAGCCAUGAUUGUGACAGAUGGCAGACCCCAAGAUACUGUUGAAGAGGUGUCGGCACAAGCUAGAGAAGCAGGCAUUAUAAUUUAUGUCAUUGGUGUCGGCAGGGUAGACAUGGCCACCUUACGGUCCAUGGGAAGUGAGCCUCAUGAAGAGCAUGUGUUCCUGGUAGCGAAUUUCAGUCAAAUCGAAACCUUGACAUCCAUGUUCCAGUCUAAGUUUUGCAAAGGUGGGGACUUGUGUGGCUCCAUAAAUCACCAGUGUUCACACCUAUGCAUCAACAUCCCAGGGUCAUAUGUGUGCAGAUGCAGGAAAGGAUACAUCUUGAACCCUGACGGCAAAACCUGCAGCGCUCUUGACAUGUGUGCCACUGAGAAUCACGGCUGCCAACAUUUGUGUGUGACUCUUCCUGGCUCUUACAAGUGCCAGUGCCGUGUUGGCUACGAGCUUAAUGAAGAUCAAAAGACAUGCAGCAGAGUUGAUUUUUGUGACUUGGGAAACCACGGAUGUGAACAUGACUGCAUCACUACAGUGGAAUCAUACAUCUGCAAGUGUCGCAGAGGGUUUACGCUUAAUCCUGACGGCAAGACAUGCAGUAGGAUCAACCACUGUGCUUUUGGAACCCAUGGCUGUGAGCAGGAGUGUGUUAACACUAUGGACUCGUUCAUCUGCAGAUGUCACGCUGGCUACACCCUCAACCUAGAUGGCAAAACAUGCACAAGAGUAGAUCACUGUGCAGGGACUGACAAUGGAUGUGAACACAUUUGUCUUAACACGGACGAGUCUUAUAUAUGUCAGUGCAAUGAGGGUUACAUCCUAAAUGAAGAUUUAAAAACAUGUACAAAGGUCGACUAUUGUGCGUUGUUUAGACAUGACUGUGAGCACCUUUGCCUGAACACGGAGAAGUCCUACAUCUGUCAGUGUUUUGAUGGCUACACUUUAAAUGCAGACGGGAAGACAUGCAGAAGACCUGAUAUUUGUAGCAUUGCUCAGCAUGGAUGUGAACAUCUUUGUGUCAAUACUGAAGAUUCCUACAUAUGCAAAUGUUUUGAUGGUUUCACCUUGGCUGAAGAUGGAAAGAAAUGCCGAAAAUGUGCAGAUGGGGCUAUUGACCUGAUGUUCGUGAUUGAUGGAUCCAAAAGCCUGGGCCCAGAUAACUUUGAGAAGGUCAAGCAGUUUGUCAGUGGGCUUGUGAGCUCUUUGGAUGUUUCCCCAAAAGCCAGCAGGGUGGGCCUUUUACAGUACUCCACAAAAGUACGUUCUGAGUUCACACUGGGGCAGCACAAGACGGCGGCGGAGGUCACACAAGCGGUUUCCAAAAUCGAGUACAUGGGCAGGGGGUCCAUGACAGGAAGUGCCCUGAAGUACAUGUUUGAGAAGAGUUUUACAGAAGCAGAAGGAGCAAGGCCAUCCUCCGCUCAUGUGGCCCGAGUGAGCAUUGUGUUUACUGACGGCCGAUCUCAAGAUGACGUUUCAGAGUGGGCGGAUAAAGCAAAGAAGUCUGGCAUUACGAUGUAUGCAGUGGGAGUCGGCAAAGCCAUCGAGGGUGAGCUGCAUGAAAUCGCCUCAGAGCCUCAGAAUAAACAUCUGUAUUACGCGGAAGAUUUCAGCAACAUGGGCACCAUCGCUGAGAAGUUGAAAUCCCGCAUCUGUGAAGAAAAGCCUGCCACAGAAGACCAGUGUAUGUGUGAAAAUGUAAUCCAGUUCCAUAACCAAGCCACCGAACAAAUACAAAAACUAACAGUGCAGCUGGAAAAGAUUGGAAGAAAACUGGAAUCUCUGGAAAACCAGCUGAUAUACAACUGACAAGUUUAAAGGGAACAAGCUGUUUUGAAAGAUGUUAGAAGGCACGUCAAGGAAUGUCUAUAUUUACCAUGCAUUUUUGUGUUACAUAUCCACUAUUAGGGUUGUUUCAUUGUGUCUACAAUUAAUCUGAAAAUCCUGAUAAUUUUCCAAUAGUAUAAACAAAUAUGUCUUUGCCACGAACAGAUGGCAAAACAGCCUUACUGUCACAGAGGUGACAUAUUCAUGUAACUAUUAAACUGAUGCUUCACCAAUCCCCAUACAAAGUAUUAGGCUAUUUAAAGAGGGCAAACCAAAUGUGUGCACUGGACCAGUCAGUAGCUCUUCUGGCAAUUUACGUGCCAUAAUACAAUCACUGAAUCCACAUGCAAGCUAUUGGCUUUAACCACCUAAAGGUGAGGUAUACAUUUUAGAAUUACAUCAACAUGUUCAUUUUAAUGGGGCAAAAAGGCAAACGCCGUCAUUAAUUGCCAAUUUAUUAUGGAAAGGGUAUUUUCUGAUCAUUUAUUAAAAACAGCCAGCUGAGCAGAUGUUUGCCUCACAGUGUUGCUGGCAGCUUCUGUUCUCUGGAGUCAUUAAAAACUGAAGCUAAGCAAGCUACACUUCAUUUAAAUUACACAAAAGGAAUUUGAACACACAAGAACUUAAGAAAUUUAACAAACCAGAGACCAUCAGGCUUGUUUGUCUAGCUAAACCGUCUCUUGAAUUAAAAGUAUAGGUUAUAUUACAUAUCAAUUCAGGGAAUAUACAUCAUGAAGGUAAAUUGUUUCUGAACAGUGGACUACACAGUGAAAUUACUUAAGCCUAAAUGCUAAAAGAAAAAAAAAAAAAAACCCAUCAGGCCAAAUUAUCAUUCAUACAGCACCUGUUAUCAAGCAGAAGUCAACAACUCAUUGUUACACCUGUGAGACACAAAGCAGUUUGCAGUAGUUGAUAAUUUUAUUAAUAUUAGUAUCGCUGUGGGAGGUCUAUCUGUACAGAAUGUAAUAAAAACAUACAAAUGCCGA